CGGCGGGCGGCGGCUCCGGGAGCUGAGGGUAACAAAACCCAAAUAAACCAAAAAAUCACCCAAGGACAGAGUUCACUGAAAUGUGAGAAUGGCCAAUUCUUUAAGAAGUGAAGUGAUAAAACUGUACAAAAAUCUGCUGUACCUUGGAAGGGAGUAUCCCAAAGGAGCCGACUACUUCAGAAGCCGUUUGAAAGCAGCUUUUCUAAAAAACAAAGAUGAGAAAGACCCUGAAAAAAUUAAGCAACUGAUUGCCCGGGGAGAAUUUGUUAUAAAGGAGCUGGAGGCUUUGUACUUCCUGAGGAAAUACCGAGCCAUGAAGCAGCGCUACUACAGCGAUGACAAGUAACCACACCCCCCCGGGAAAGGCAUUGCUAGUUCAAGAACCAACAGUCAAAGAAUACUGGCACUUUAAGAGGAAUGAAGUUUCCACUGUCAUUUAAAACAAGCAUUCAGAAGGCAUCAUCAACACCCUGAAAAGAUCCAGAAAAUACCAAUUAGCAUCAGGUUCAGACUCACAGCCUGUGUCCCUCCCUGGCCACCUGAGAGGGGUCCACCUGCACAUUUUGCUGCCUACCUGCCAUCCUUUGAACAAUGAAUCCUGGCUGCAGGACUAAUCCUGUUCCUCUCUGGAAUUCUGAGCAGCACUGACACAACCGCCUGAGGGAACUGCUUUGGUGCCAGCAGGAGCUGACUCCUGCUCCUAAACCGGGCUUAGGGCAUCCUGCAGUUACUCACAGGUGAAACUCCACUGCUGAGGUG